CUGCAAUCAACUUUGCCCGCUGUACUCCUUUUAAUUCUUUCGCUCUUGUCUUAGUAGCUAUAUAUUCUGUUCGUUUUUUAGCGCUCUCUAAUUCUUGCUCCUCUUCCCUCGGCCCAGCCCUUUGUCCUCCUCCUUCGAGAUGACGUCCGCCGUAGCCACUCUCGCCCUAGGAUCUUCCGCCAUUAGCCCUUCCCUUCCCCCCAACUCGCACCAGACAGAUAUGCUGGUGUUCCCGGCAUCUUCCCAGGAGGGAGAGCGCGCGACCUCCGCCUCCGUGUCUCCGCCCUUAUUACCCGUCUCGGCAUCGGCAUCUGGUCAAUCCGAGACUCUGAGUACGCGUCCUACAAGUCAGAAUAUGGGAAGCCAUGCUGCACCAUGUUCUGAAGGCCCUAUUUCUAACGCCGGGCUUUCUGCCCUAGCCUCUGCUGCGUCUGCCCCGACAUCAUAUCUCCGAGCCUAUGAUGCCGCUGAGAAUGUGUGUAACAACCAUAACGCGACCCAGAGCAUGAACUACGCCACUUCUUCGCCAAGUGCUACCACCGGCGGUUCGGGAGCGGCUUCGUCCGUUUGCCAGAACUGUGGCACCUCGAAAACGCCCCUGUGGAGAAGAGAUGGCAUGGGAGCCGUCCUCUGCAACGCUUGCGGUCUUUUCCUCAAACUCCACGGUCGCCCGCGCCCAUUGAACCUGAAAACAGACGUAAUCAAGAGCCGUAAUAGGGUCAAGACCUCGGGGCAAGGCUCCAAGCGGAAGCAGUCAGCAGUUGACGUAAAUGGAACUCCUACCUCCAAAGCCGAUGCAAUGGCUGCCACCGGAGCAUACGGCUUUCCUAGAGCGCGAAAAACAUCACCUCGGUCUGACCGCUCGAAUUCUCCGCUAUCGCGUACCGAUACCCCCAACUUCGCUCACAACAAUAAUAUCGCCCCCCAAAACGUGUUCGAUGGCGUCGCUUUGUCGGAACAUGGUAUUAAUCCAUCCACCGCAGGAUUCUCAGCGUUGCAACUACAACAGCCAUCCCCGGGAUCAAGCACGUCGUCCAACGAUCGGCAUCUAGAGAUGGCGCAAACAUACGAAGGCUUAGUCGCGGCGAAUACCUCGCUAAAAACUCGUGUCAGCGAGCUGGAAGUGAUCAAUGAGCUGUUUCGUGGGAGGGUAACACAAUUAGAACAAAGCGAAGAGGCCUCGAGGAGGUCAGAGCUGAACGUGCGGGACUCUGAACUGCAUUUGAGACGCUCUCUGGAAGAGGCUCAGAAGCGGGAGGAAGAGCUGAAACGCAAGAUAAGCGAGCUAGAACAAGAGUUGAAUGAAUACAAACAGAGCGACAACUGCGGGAACCCGGUAGAACCCGAAGCCAAAAAAGCGCGUCUUUCUGACAAUACCAUCGGACCGCCCGCCAACCCCACCAUCGAAGCUUCCUAGCCGCAUAGUCAGCUGGUACGCUUAUUAGCUACGGAAAAUUCCGCAGAGCGAACAAACCCCUUCUCGACCCACUGCCACUGUCCCUUCUAUUACCCAGAUACCCAUGUGUUUUUUCUUUUCAAAGCAUUGGGCUCGGAUAUCUAUUGUAAUGCUAAUUUAAGCUAUGCUGUAUUUUUAUCAGAUCUUGUUCCUUUUCCACUCUGUUGUCAUGGCGUGGUUGGCUAUUUGGAGGAGCCCGACUAUACAUAGGGGUUAAAAAAAUGCUUUCGUUGCGAAUUGAAAUCAUCACUUGUUUUGAGGAGAUGA